UCCCGCCGCCAUGCCGCCGCCCGCCCUCCGCAUCACCCUCCUCCUCCUCCUCCUCCCGCUGCUGCUCCGCCGGGCGCUGGCCGCCGCAGGGCUGGAGUACAGCGAUGUGCUGCCCGACUCCUUCCCCUCAGCGCCGGCAGAGACCCUCCCUCACUUCCUGCUGGAGCCACAGGACGCCUACAUCGUGAAGAACAAGCCCGUGGAGCUCGUGUGCCGUGCCAACCCUGCCACCCAGAUCUACUUCAAGUGCAACGGGGAGUGGGUCAACCAGAACGACCACGUCACCAAGGAGAGCCUGGACGAGGUCACUGGGAUGCUGGUGCGGGAGGUGCAGAUCGAGGUCUCCCGGCAGCAGGUGGAGGAGCUCUUUGGCUUGGAGGAUUACUGGUGCCAGUGCGUGGCCUGGAGCUCGGCGGGCACCACCAAGAGCCGCCGCGCCUACGUCCGCAUAGCGUACCUACGAAAGAACUUUGACCAGGAGCCGCUGGGCAAGGAGGUCCCACUGGAGCAUGAGGUCCUGCUGCAGUGCCGCCCGCCCGAGGGGGUCCCACAGGCCGAGGUGGAGUGGCUGAGGAACGAGGACGUCAUCGACCCCUCCCAGGACACCAACUUCCUGAUCACCAUCGACCACAACCUCAUCAUCAAGCAGGCCCGGCUCCUGGACACUGCUAAUUACACCUGCAUGGCCAAGAACAUAGUGGCCAAGCGCCGGAGCACCACGGCCGCUGUCAUCGUCUACGUGAACGGUGGCUGGUCCACCUGGUCCGAGUGGUCUCCUUGCAACAACCGCUGUGGCCGGGGCUGGCAGAAGCGCACCCGGACCUGCACCAACCCCGCGCCACUGAACGGCGGCUCCUUCUGCGACGGGCAACCUUUCCAGAAAAUCACCUGCACCACCCUCUGCCCAGUGGAUGGCGCGUGGACGGAGUGGAGCAAGUGGUCAGCGUGCAGCACCGAGUGCACGCACUGGCGCAGCCGCGAGUGCGCCGCCCCAGCCCCCCGCAACGGCGGCAAGGACUGCAGCGGGGGGCUUCUGGACUCCAAAAACUGCACCGAUGGGCUCUGCCUGCAGAAUAAAAGAGUUCUAAGCGAACCCAAAAGCCACCUGCUGGAGGCCACAGGUGACGUGGCCCUGUAUGCCGGGCUAGUGGUGGCCAUUUUCGUCUUCAUCGUGAUCCUCAUGGCUGUGGGGGUGGUGGUGUACCGGAGGAGAUGCCGGGAUUUUGACACGGACAUCACGGACUCAUCAGCUGCUCUCACUGGAGGAUUCCACCCUGUCAACUUCAAGACCUCCCGGCACGACAACUCCCAGCUGCUGCACCCCUCGAUGCAGCCGGACCUGACGGCCAGUGCGGGGCUGUACCGCGGCCCCAUGUACGCCCUGCAGGACUCCUCCGACAAGAUCCCCAUGACCAACUCGCCCCUGCUGGACCCCCUGCCCAACCUCAAGAUCAAGGUGUACAACUCCUCCACUGCCUCCUCCUCGCCAGGGCUGCACGACGGCACGGACCUGCUGGGGGGGGUCCCUGCCACCGGCACCUACCCGGGGGACACCGCCAGGGAGGGGAACUUCGGGAACGUGCGGAGCAAAGCCCUGGGCUCCCAGCACCUCCUUGGCUUGCCCCGGGAGCACGGCUACAGCGCCAGUGGCACGUUUGGCUACCUGGGGGGAAGGCUCACCGUGCCAGGCACUGGGGUGAGCCUGCUGGUGCCCCACGGGGCCAUCCCCCAGGGGAAGUUCUAUGAGAUGUACCUGGUCCUCAACAAGGCAGAGAGUGCCCUCCUGCCCUCCGAGGGCACGCAGACGGUGCUGAGCCCGGCAGUGACCUGUGGGCCCACUGGCUUGCUCCUGUGCCGCCCCGUCGUCCUGACCAUUCCCCACUGUGCCGACGUCAGCUCCUCAGAUUGGAUUUACCAGCUGAAAACACAGUCCCACCAGGGAAACUGGGAGGAAGUUGUGACCCUGGAUGAGGAGACCCUCAACACUCCCUGCUACUGCCAGCUGGAAGCCAAGUCCUGCCACAUUUUGCUAGACCAGCUGGGCACCUAUGUCUUCGUGGGAGAGUCCUACUCCAGGUCAGCCAUCAAGAGGCUUCAGCUGGCCAUCUUUGCCCCCACUGUUUGCACCUCCCUGGAGUACAGCCUCAAGGUCUACUGUUUGGAGGACACACCAGAUGCUCUGAAGGAGGUGCUGGAGCUGGAGAGAACACUGGGAGGGUACCUGCUGGAGGAGCCCAAGCCCCUGCCCUUCAAGGACAGCUACCACAACCUGCGUCUCUCCAUCCACGACAUCCCCCACGCCCUGUGGAGGAGCAAGCUGCUGGCCAAGUACCAGGAAAUCCCCUUCUAUCACAUCUGGAGCGGCAGCCAGCGAGCCCUGCACUGCACCUUCACCCUGGAGAGGUACAACCAGGCCUCCACCGAGCUCACCUGCAAGAUCUGCGUCCGGCAGGUGGAAGGGGAAGGGCAGAUCUUCCAGCUGCACAUCACGCUGGGAGAGCACUCCAGCUCCUUCGACACCCUCCGCUCCCACCACAGUGGUGCCACCCCCACCACCCAGGUGGGACCCUAUGCCUUCAAAAUCCCCCUCUCCAUCCGGCAGAAGAUCUGCAACAGCCUGGAUGCUCCCAGCUCCAGGGGAAACGACUGGAGACUUCUCGCCCAGAAGCUCUCCAUGGACCGGUAUCUGAACUACUUUGCCACCAAAGCCAGCCCCACCGGGGUGCUCCUGGACUUGUGGGAAGCCGAGCACCAGGACGAUGGUGACCUCAACACCCUGGCCAGUGCCUUAGAGGAGAUGGGCAAGAGCGAGAUGCUGGUGGUCAUGGCCACGGAGGGGGACUGCUGAUGAUGCUCCCACAGCUGGUGGGCGAGGAGGACAAAACAGGGGGUGAGGAGGGGUCCUUCCCCAACAGCUGGGGGGGCGAGGCACGUCCAUCCUGAGCAAGGAAGGGCGGAGGCCGUCACUCCUCCUCCCUCCCACAUCACUGUCAGCCUUAGAGACCCGUCCUCAGCGUUUACAAGCAAUCCAAGUGUUAUGCAGCAUUCCUCUUCCUCCUCCUCAUGGCACGGGGAGGAAUUAGGGCUUCUUGAGUCGGGAUGGGGGCUUUCCUUUUCCUUCUUCUUUUGGGUUCCCCUCCUCCUCCUUUAAUAGCAUUUCUGCGUUGAAGAGGCGAGUUCAAUCCAGGCGAACGGCUUAACUCCUGUCAAAGGCUUCAGGCAGCUUAACGAGGCAAAUAAGAGAGAAAAAAAAAAGGAAAAAAAAAAAAUUUUUUUAGGAAACCCAAAUAAUUUAUUAUCCGGUUUUUUGGAUGUUUCCUUUUUAAAAAAAAAAAAAAAAAAAAAAAAAAAAAAAAGGCAGAUUUAAUAAUUUUUUUUUUUUUUUUUUGGUGUGUGAGAGCAAGAGCAUUGCUGUGGUCAGGGUGGCAGAGAGAUUUCAAUGGACACACUUUUGUAGGGAAAAGUGUGUGAUCCAAGUCAAGCAAAACAUGUUUACAUGUCCUGGGACCCCCAGGGAGUCCGUAGGGUGAAGUGCCUCUCCGCCCCUCUGGUUCAGGGCCAGCUCAGACCCUUCCCAAGGUUUUUUCCCUUGCAAACUCCCCUUUCCCUGGCUGCAGUGCCCAGCGGACUGAGGGACUCCCUUCCACCUGUGAGGAGGGAUGAGGGAUGCUGCCCUGUAAUUGGGGUUCAGGGUGGGGAGAGUGCAUCCUGAUAUGGGUAUUUUUAAUGAAUUCUUCCCUGGCAUCGUUUGGGGGAGCUUUUUAGGAUGACUGCGCCUUCAUUUGUGUAACUUCAGUACAAACCAAAGAUUUCAGUCCUGCACCAACCUACGGACCCCAAGGCCAAAGUGGGGGGUGUUUUAAACCCAGCAGGAUUUUUCAGUGAACACUCCAAACCUGGGCCCAGGGGUCAGAGGGAGGUGAGGAGUGGCUUGUGGAAGGAUCCAGGGAGAGCAGAGGGCUGAUGGGCUGGGAUGUAGCCUCAUCUUGGGUCCAUGUGCUCAUCCCCGGUUUUUGAUGCAGUAUUUCAGGAGGGAUUCAGGGAGGAAUACCUCAGUGUCCCCAAGUUGUGAGCCAGGCUGAGCAUUUCCACAUGAGGGACAGCAUCGUGAGCAGUGAUCAAGUUUCCAUCCCUCAUUGCAGCUCCUGUUUUUCCCUUUAACAGGCUUUUUGUAACGAUGGGGAAGUUGUGGAGUGAAUGGAAAGUAAUCAAGGAGUAGGCAGGAACCAGGUUCCUCACACAGAUACGGUGUCUUGAUGAAGGUAAAAAUUUAGGUUGCCUGCAGAUAGAAAUAGUUACUCAGAGAGUGCUGUAUCUUAGAAGUUUGUCUAUUUUAAAGAAAAAAAAUAGAGGAAGGGGGUGGUAAGCUCAGGAUUAGGCUAGGUCACACCGCAAGGCUGUGGAUUCUCCGUCAGUGGAAGUAUUAGGAGCAGGUCCUGCUUUGGGCUGCAACAUGCGGUGUCCUGGCUGCAGAGCCCUGGCCCAGUGCCACGAGGUGCCUGUGUCAUCCCACAGUGUGCUGGGGACUGGAGCACGCUCAGGGAGCCCUGGAGAGCAUCACCUGCACAGGGCAGCUCGGGGAGAGCUUUCAGUAUUGCUGGGGCACGAAAGGAUUCCUCUGGGCAGCUCUUGGAGCCAGGAUGGAACAUGUAGAGCCACCCCCUGUUGUGUUUAAGGAUCUUUGGGCUUGUUGCUGGGUUUUCGAGGCUGUGGGAGAGAAGGGAUCUUUUCCACUUGUGCCGGAUGGGAAGACUGCUGCUGGGUGAGCUCCUGUGUCACAAGGGAAGGGUUAUAUCCAUCCUGUAGCUUGCAUUUGAGCAUUUCUGAGACCCCAUCUCUGAGCUAAGGAGGAAUGAGCAAAUUUGGAAAGAAAUGAAGACUUGAUGGAUAAAACCAACUGCUAGUGGUUUGGAGGGCUCCUUUCUCACUUCCAUGGUGUUCUCUGUGAGAUGAGAUACUCCUUCAGGUUGCCUCUGAAUCUCUCUCGCUUCCAUUCUCGCUGUCUCUCGUUUAUGGAUCACUGCACCAGCACGUGUGUCUGUCCAUCUGUUCGUCCAUCCGUCCCGCCCGCGGGUGCCUCUGGCUCCAUCCCCAUCCAUUGCAUUCAUCUUCCCUUUCCCUUUGGCAGGCAGCAGCCGCCCAGCCCAGUUAUGUUUGGGGAGGUUCUCCCCAUUCUCCAGACCAGGGAACCUGUACUGGGAGUGGGGCAGGAGUGAGGCAGGGUUUGCCCCCCACCCUGGUCCCCUGAGCACCUGUGCCCCUCUUCCAUGGGUGCAGCUCCCACACCUCCCGCCACACCCAGGGGUUUCUCCAGCCAGGCCUUUUGGCAAAGGCAGCCCCGUGGUCCAUGUUGUGCUGGCAGUGUCCAUCUCUUGCUCCACAGUCUGUUUCCAUAUUUAUAUGUCCAGGGGAUGGGCCUGGUGGCAUCCUCUGAAACCGUGUCUGUUUAUUCUGUAAACUAAAGAACUGUAAAUAAAGUUUAGCAUUCCUAUUGUAA